UGAGGCAGAACUGGGCAUCUGAGGCCAGCCUGGGAAACUCAGUGAGACCAUGCCCCAAAAUAAGAAGCGAACAGUGGGCUAAAGACUCAGCAAUGCAGAGAGAUUCAACCCUCAGCACCAUCCCCCCAAAAACACAGCGACAGUGAGGCUGGGGUGGGGCUGCGGUGUGCCAACAGGUGCCAACAGGGAACAAGCAGGCAGAAGCACACGCCCACACUGACCUCCUUCCUGGCACCGCCAUAGCCACAGCCGGUCCUUCUAGGCCUGCCUACCUCCCUGUGGAGCUGCUGCUGGGUCAUUAAGCUGCUAAACUGGCCACAACUGAAGGCCCCACGCCCCAGGGAGGAAAACCACUGAAGAAGGCGUCCCUGCUCCCAGCACCCCAAACCAUCAAUUAACAUUAACAAGAGAGCAUGCUCCUGGCUGCCUAAAGACCCCCAGCGGGGCACAAAUGGAGCAGAGGCCCCUCCUCCCCCGUGACUCAGGAGGUUAAAGGGCUUGGGUCUCUCUGGGAGUCCAGAGUGUGCGGAUGGAGGGCGGCAGUGGCAGGAAGGUUACCAUCCAGCUGGUGGACGGCGAGGCCGGGGCUGGAGCUGGGGGCCCACAGCUCUUUAAAGGCCAGAGCUACGAAGCCAUCCGAGCGGCUUGCCUGGAUUCCGGGAUCCUGUUUCGUGACCCUUGUUUUCCUGCUGGUCCUGCUGCCCUCGGCUAUGACAAGCUGGGACCCGAUUCAGAGAAGGCCAAAGGGGUGGAAUGGAAGCGACCUCAUGAGUUUUGUGCUGAGCCGCAGUUCAUCUGUGAAGACAUGAGCAGAACAGACGUGUGCCAGGGAAGCUUGGGAAACUGCUGGCUUCUCGCCGCCGCCGCCUCCCUUACACUGUACCCCAGACUCUUGUACCGAGUGGUCCCCCCUGGACAAGGUUUCCAAGAUGGCUACGCGGGCGUCUUCCAUUUCCAGCUCUGGCAGUUUGGCCGCUGGGUGGAUGUGGUGGUGGAUGACAAACUCCCUGUGCGUGACGGGAAGCUGAUGUUCGUGCGCUCCGAACAAAGGAACGAAUUCUGGGCUCCUCUACUGGAAAAGGCCUAUGCCAAGCUCCACGGCUCCUACGAGGUGAUGCGUGGAGGCCACAUGAACGAGGCUUUCGUGGACUUCACGGGAGGUGUAGGUGAGGUCCUCUACCUGAGAAGAAACACCCCCGGCCUCUUUGCCGCCCUUCGCCAUGCGCUGGCCAAGGAGUCCCUUGUGGGUGCCACUGCCCUGAGCGAUCAGGGUGAGAUCCGCACGGACGAAGGGCUGGUGAAGGGACAUGCUUACUCCGUCACGGGCACGCACAAGAUGUCCCUGGGCUUCACCAAGGUGCGGCUGCUGCGGCUGAGGAACCCGUGGGGCCGUGUGGAGUGGUCGGGGCCCUGGAGUGACAGCUGCCCACGCUGGGACAUGCUCCCCGCCGAGUGGCGAGACGCCUUGCUUGUCAAAAAGGAGGAUGGCGAGUUCUGGAUGGAGCUUCAGGACUUCCUCACGCACUUCAACACAGUCCAGAUCUGCUCACUGAGCCCGGAGGUGUUGGGUCCCAGCCCUGCUGGCGGCGGCUGGUACAUCCACACGUUCCAGGGCCGCUGGGUGCGAGGCUUCAACUCCGGAGGGAGCCAGCCCAGCGCUGAAAACUUCUGGACCAACCCCCAGUUCCGGCUGACGCUGCUGGAGCCUGAUGAGGAAGAGGAUGAAGAUGACGAAGAGGGGCCCUGGGGAGGCUGGGGAGCAGCAGGGGCGCGGGGCCCAGCGCGGGGAGGCCGGGUCCCCAAGUGCACCGUCCUCCUGUCGCUCAUCCAGCGCAACCGCAGGUGUCUGAGGGCCAAGGGCCUCACUUACCUCACGGUGGGCUUCCACGUGUUCCAGAUUCCUGAGGAGCUGCUGGGCCUCUGGGACUCCCCGCGCAGCCGCGCGCUCUUGCCGGGACUGCUGCGCGCCGACCGCUCGGUUUUCUGCGCCCGCCGCGACGUGAGCCGCCGCUGCCGCCUGCCGCCCGGCCACUACCUGGUGGUACCCAGCGCCUCCCGCGUGGGCGACGAGGCCGACUUCACGCUGCGCAUCUUCUCGGAGCGCAGCCACACCGCAGUGGAGAUAGAUGACGUGAUCAGCGCCGACCUGGACGCCCUCCAGAUCCCCUACAAGCCCCUGCAGCUGGAGCUCGCACAGCUGUUUAUGGAGCUGGCUGGAGAGGAGGAGGAACUCGAUGCUCUUCAGCUGCAGACCUUAAUAAGCAUUGCUCUGGAGCCUGCUAGGGCCAACACCAGGAACCCUGGAGAAAUUGGGCUCAGGACCUGCGAGCAGCUUGUGCGGUGUUUUGGGCGUGGGCGAAGCCUGACCUUACACCACUUCCAGGAACUGUGGGGCCAUCUCCUGCUGUGGCAGGCCACAUUUGACAAGUUCGACGAAGACACCUCUGGGACCAUGAACUCGUGCGAGCUGAGGCUGGCACUGAACGCAGCAGGCUUCCACCUCAACAAUCAGCUGACCCAGUCCCUCACCAGCCGCUACCGGGACAGCUGGCUCCGCGUGGACUUUGAGCACUUCGUGUCCUGUGCAGCCCAGCUCACCUGCAUUUUCCGCCACUGCAGCCAACACCUGGAAGGUGGCGAGGGGGUCGUCUGCCUGACCCACAAACAGUGGUCGGAGGUGGCUACCUUCUCAUAGGUCAGGAGCCGAGGGAGGGAGGCCGCCCUGCUCCAGGCCUGGUCACCCUGCCUGGCACCAGCGGUGGAAGCUGA